GGUUGUGUUGGCACUGAUAUCACCUUGAAGUUGGCGUUAGACGCAUGCGCGAUCGUCAUUUCGGUUAUUUGUUACGGCUAAACCUAGUUCUAGCCGUAAAUAACGUGGCUACACCUGGGUGUAACCAACUGAGAACGGCUGCACGUAGGUCUAGCCGGCUAAACCUAGGCCUAGCCGCACUUCGGGGUUUAGCUGUAACAUAAUAUGUGAGGAAAUUUAUAUUAUACACUAUAUGUAAGGAAAUUUCCACUCAAUUUCGCAUAUGUACUUGUCGCUUUACUCCCUAAAGUUCCUUUCUUUCUUUAGCCCUACGAUGUUUAGAAAUUAGAGAAAAGCUAGCUAGCUGCGCCCCAAGGCUUUGCUCCCGUGGGAAUUUUGGGAAAAGUUCCUACCUACCCUAUGCAUUAUUUCAGGCUUCUGCCCUUGUACCAAAUUUCACAACAUACUUAAUCUUAAAAUAUAAUUUAGUGCCCUAUACCUAAUUUAGUUGUUUGAGUAUUAGAGAUGUAGCCAAUUUGUUACGACCCUGUAAAAUUUGUCCCAUUAGGUACCGGCCACAAAGUAUACCCUGUGUACAAUGUAUUCUAUUCUUCUGUAAACAGUCGAACGUACAAAGAUUCAACAGUUUAAAAUUCAGCGUAAUGCGUAAUCAAAGAACACGAAACAAUUCCUUGUUGAAAAUUAACUGUCUAAACAUCCUAUUCAUCAUCAUUUGACGAUUGAUGUCAAAGGUAGCCAUGCUCUUCCCAGCGCACAGCGUGUGCGCAGUGGCUUUUGCCAUAUAUUUUUGGGUCAAUGUCAGCGGUUAUGAGAAAACUUUGCGGAAAAUUGUGCGCAACCAGUCCAAAAUGGUACAUACACCCUUCAGUGAAACUCGACAGACUACCUGGAAAAACCAUUCUCAAAUACUCAUGAACUCACAAUCGAAUGGAUUGCUUUUUCCUGAUUUUUCCGGCGGAAAAGUGGUACAUAGAACGCAUGGGCCAGUAGUAGCCCCUACCCGUAUCCCCGAAACAUCUCGAGGACCACCGCUAAAACCUAAAGUGACAAAUGACAUAAUUGAGAAUGAACUUAGACUGACCAGAACGACCCUACAUAAUAUAAGCUUUCCGGAGCUCUGGAACAGAUCAACAUUUUUUGAUGACGCGAUGAAGACAAACGAUUCUUCUGAAGAGAUAUCACAGUCAUUUGCUCAAAUACAGCUUCCACCCGCACAACAAUAUUUCCCACAUUUAAUAGACCGCCCUAUCCAGUUUGGCCCAGUCAACAUCAGCAAAGAGAAGACCAUUGUAAUACCCCCAGAUCAUGUCGUUCCACAUGUAGCCCCAGGAAAUUCAACCCAAUAUAAAGGCGUCUACACACAUCCCAAGAUAGAAGACGUACCGCCUAUACAACCAAAAAUGUACACUGAACCGGAUGCACACCAAGACAUACGGGAGAAAGCUGAUUUUUUCAUAGAAGAAAUGUCUGCAGAUAGAUCGUCUAUCUACAGUUACAACAUGUCUGACAGUUCUUAUACUUGUACGAAAAUACAUGAAACUAAAACAGACAUAGACGUUCAGGAGAGAUUUUUAUCAAUGGAAAUUGAACCUAAUUGGUCAACUAAGAAACAUUUCUGGAAUAGUAUGUUUGAUAGUCGAUACGAGUCUCUGAUGAGGAGUCCGAAAUGGCCACCGCUGAAGGUAAUUCUAAUGCCUCGUUCACAUGUAGACACAAUAUGGAAACGGACUUUUGAAGAAUACCACAACGAAACAGUGAACAGGAUUUUGAACAAUGUGGUGAAGAAACUACACUUUUACCCAAACUUUACGUUUACAUGGAAUGAAGUUUCGCAUUUAAGUUAUUGGUGGAAGUCGGCACCUCAUAAGAGUCGUAUGGCGUUUCGUCGUUUCCUUAAAUCUGGUCGUCUUGAAAUAACCACUGGAGGAUGGGUCGAAACUGAUGAGGCUACCACUGAUAUUUUUGGAUUAACACAUCUACUGAUAGAAGGUCACCAGUGGCUGAAGACUCACCUGAAUUAUUCUCCAAAGGUCGCGUGGCUCACUAAUAGCGUCACACAUAGUCCAACUAUGGCGUACCUUCUUUCCGUUAGCGACAUGACCAAUUUAGUGUUCACGAAUCUACACUUUUCCUGGGAACAAUACUUUGCCGAGUUUCAGUACAGUGAUUUUGUGUGGGUCCAGGAGUGGGACAACGAUAGGACCGCCGCCACCGUUCUUAAUGACAAAUUCAGACAUAUUGGAAGUGACCGAUUUCCCAAAAAUUCCAUACUAACUCAUUACUUACAAUUCAACUCGGCCGGAUUUAGGGCUUGUGGCCCUAACAAAAAUGUUUGCGUCAAUGAAUUCAACUUUGCUAAUACAGACAAAAAUUUGAAUAUACACCCUUACAAUCUUAAAGAGAAAUCGGAGUUGCUUCUUGAGCAAUACUCUAAAACGGGAACUAUUACGCCGCACAACGUUGUCAUUGCGCCCAUAGGAGGCCCCUUUCGCUACGAAUCUCAAACUGAAUUCGACUAUCAGUACAGUAACUAUCAGAAAAUCAUCGAAUUUAUCAAUUUGAAUAGUGCAAUUUACAAAGCUAAAAUAGAAUUUGGUACCCCAAAAGAUUAUUUUAACAGUGUUUUAGAAAAUUAUCCAAAAAUUCGAUCUUUGAAAGGGGACUUCCUAAAUUUUGCAGACGCCAUGACGGGCCGCCCGGCAUAUUGGACUGGAUACUUUACAUCGAGACCGUUGCUCAAAAUUCUUCUUAGACGUCUUCAAUCUACACUACGUUCUACAGAAAUUUUAUUUAGUUUCGCAAUAAGCAUUAAUGCUUUUCACGGAUAUAAUACUACUGAAUUGUUCAAUCUACUUGUCAAGUCGAGGGAAAGUAUUGCACGUCUAUUGGAUCGCAAUGUAGUAAGCGGCACUUUGAGUGCUAAUCUUUUACGAUACGUUAAUAAAUUAAUUGUUACAACUGUAAAAGACUGCUGGUACAUUCAAGAAAUAUCUGCUAGCUUGAUUACAACAAAACCAGACCAAGAUGCACCUUAUCUUCAGAAGUACGUAUACAGAGACGGCGAAUUUGUGUCAGUAUUCAAAACUGUGGCAUCCGGCGAUCAAAUUUAUAUAUUUAAUUCAUUAAGUCACGAAAGAACAGAAAUCGUUGAACUUGUUACCAGAAAUCCCAAACUGAGAAUUACAGAUCAUACAAAAAAGGACGUUUCCAUUCAGAUAAAUCCUGUCUGGGAAUUCAUAUCUGAUCAUGCGAUAAAAAUAUCAAGAAGAUUUUACAAAAUCAUAUUUGUUGUUAAUAUACCUCCGAUGACGUUAGCACUUUACAAAAUCAAGGACACCUAUGAUACAACACAUUGCGCUGCCACUAUUUAUUGUUCGAUUUGUGUAGUUGAUACUAUUACGGAUCAUAGCUCGCCCUUUAUAUUCAAUAUAGAACCAGUAGUGUCUGGAGACAUACAGCUAGAGAGUUACAGAUACAGACUCAUAAUUGACGAAAUAACUGGAUUUCUAAAAUAUGUUAUAGAAAAAGAAACAAAUAAAGAAAAGCUUGUUAUUAUUGACUAUGGAUCGUUCAAAAGCGCUGACCAAAAUGCUGGAAUGUAUUUAUUCAAUACGAAUACUACGAAACCAUUACAUGAUAUUUUAGCACCUUACAGAUUGGGCGAUAAAUCAAAGCAAAUGAUAAUAAUUUCUGGUCAGAUCACGACAGAGUUUACAACUAUUUAUGGGAAGUUACUUCAACAUACUCUGAAGAUAUUUAACCUUAUGCAUGGACCAUUAUCGCGGGCAAUUUGGUUGGAAAGUAAAGUGGACUACGAUACCUCUCCCAAAUUCAGAGAUCUGGAGAUGUUCAUGUCCAUACAAUCGGACAUCGCCAACGGGAACAAUCCUCUAAUACACAUUGACAACAAUGGCUUUCAGUACACAGACCAUGUAUUAAAUUUAACUAGACGUAUCGAGUCUAAUGUUUAUCCCAUCACAAAUAUGGUGUUUAUACAAGAUGCUAGAAGCCGAAUGAGCUACAUUACUGAUCACGCUCAAGGAGUCACGGCUCUUCAGGAAGGUCAAAUAAUAGUUAUGUUGGAUCGAAGAAUUUUGUACAACGACGGUCGAGGGACGAACGAAGGUCUCGCGGACAGCAGUAGGACGUGUCAUCAGCAUUACUUGUUGCUGGAAAACUUUAUGGAGCAUAAAAGACUCGAUCACUAUUCGUUUGAAAAGGUCCUCAAUAUGCCGAGCGCGACAGCGUUAAUUUUAUCGAAUUCCAUUAAUUACCUGAUAGAUAUAUUUAUUGUGGAUAAAAAACGAUCAGGUUUGUCGUACUUCACGUUCCUACCCUUGAUAAAAUCGUCGUUUCCUUGUGACGUUUCGGUACUCAACUACCGUUUGGUGUUAACGAAAACUGCUACAUUUUACCGCACCCCAAAUUCUGCCUUGAUGAUAUUGCAUAAGCAAAUGGUAUCAUGUGAUAUAGAAAAUUAUGACAUGAAUUGCGUCGCAGACAAUACAUUUUCGCUGGAUAAGAUACUCCGUAGUAUUCGUGGAGUAUACAGAACUAAUUUAGUGGGUACCAGUGAGGACUCUCCGAUGCCUGUGUGCAACCAAAUCAAUUUCCCGCCAAUGGAACUGAUGACGGUUAAAGUAUAUUUUUGAGCUUCUUUAAAAAUUGAUAGGAAUGUUAAAAGUACGGAAAUCUGAAAUAAACAUCAGAUUUAACUAAUCCACCGAGUUAUUAGUAUUGUAGUAGUUAAUUAUGUAUUGUAAUUUUGUAGUCUUAUGAUGAUGACCAAAUCAUAUUUUUAAAUCAUUUCUAUGUUUAUAACGAACAGGUCUGCUGCCUUAUAUUAUUACUUACUGUAGUUUAAUCAGCCCACUGGUUACCCACCGAUCCACAUUGACCCUACUUAGGUAUGGGUUGUGGUUAUGGGCCACUAUCCUAAUUUAUCAAUGAAAUCCAGUACGUCAGCUAUGGGGACAUUAAAAUGGCUGAUAGUGUUUGGUUUAAGGUAAUAAAAUAGAGAAAAUAUACAUACAUACAGGGUUUGCUUGUAAAAGACCAGCAACCUUUAUUUACGAGUUUUGAUGUUUCGUUACAUUUUACUUUCAUACAAAAAUAACAUCAUCCGGCGCAACAUUAGUGAUGUUAAUUGUCUGAAAAAUAGGAGUGCUGAAGAUCGUGCGAAGUGUAAACUGAAGAAGUAACCUGAAAACGCACACAUAAAUAAUACUCAAUUUAUACCACAGAUAUACAAUUAUAAUAAUGUUCUUAUAUCUGUGACAGCCUACACUCAGAUAAAUACGAAAUUUACAAGCAAGAAUUACUGUACUCAGUUAAAAAUACAUAUUAAAUAAUAUAAAAUUAUUGCGAGUCAGAUUUGUGCCUAAGUAUGAGUAGGUACCCUUUUAUGGUAUUCGCUUUAUAUUAAGCAAAUUGUAAAUAAUAUUUUGCAUUACGUAAGUUACUUAGUUUACAUUUAAAUAAACUGUUAUAGAUCGUAAAAUAUGGCAGUUUCAUUUUUCUUUAUUACUAUGUAUUAUUUCUAGUCUAUAAAUAGGCUAUAGUUUAAAAAAAAUGAUGAUUAUUCGAAAGCCCUUAUAUUACUAAUAGAAAUAUACAUGGAUUUAGAAAGGACCCAUACCAGUGGAAAUAAUGUCAUAAUGACAAUGCUUUCAAAGACAUUGCAGUCUGCGCUCCAUGGAAAUGACAUCACAUCUUGGUUAAAUUGGUGACAUUAUGAAUAUUGUUGAGUCUCUCAUAUCUUCGCGUGUUGUCAGUUGCUUUCGAAGUCGUGACACCAUGAAGCCCAGAGACAUCGUAAUAAAUAAACUUGUGGAAUUGAUAUUUUAAUGAAGAUUGAAAAUUAAAACAAAAUAUUCCAUUAACAACAGUUUUAUUAUGUAAAAUGACUUCUACAUAAAAUCGAGACUCAUUACAAUGUCACUGAUCGAUAGGAUACUCAGUAGCUCUAUCGAUGUUAUACCUACGUAUUUUUAAAGCUAUCUAAUAGCACAUAGUGUACAUACAAUAAAUUGGCGUCUCUCCAUUUGUAUUGCCUAAAAUAUUAUCCUAAGGCGAUUACUCCUCACACACUAGUGAAAAUCUUUAUAACUUAUUAAAAUAUUUGGCAUAAUUUGUUAAAAUACACAUUUUCGCUAAGAUAUAAAAGAAAAUAAUAAAAUCGUGAGGUGGCGCUAUUGUGCAGGGAGUAAUCGUGUGAAUACUUAAUAUUAUGACAAGAUAUGUCGAAUCGAUACGAAUUUAUGGUAAAGAAAUAGUCAUGUAAUGUUUUUUUUUUUAGAAA